AUGUUGAAAUUUACUAUUUUCACUCUUGUCUGUUGCGCGACAGCAAUUAUUGCUGAAGGGAGAGGUUGUAAACCAGUUAAAGGCGUUUGGGGAUGCGCCUACAUGCCAAAUUGUUUUGGCGAUUCUAUGUGCGGAGAAGGCCAAAAAUGUUGUCCACAUCCAUGCGGUGACCAUUGUCAAUUAAUAGUUAAUUGUGAUAAAAUUAAUUGUCAUCUAACAUGUCAAUAUGGAUUUGAGCGAGACGCAAAAGGCUGUGACGUAUGUAAAUGCAGAACAACCAAAAAAUGUGUUGGUUUUUUCUGUUCAUUGGAUUUAUUAAAAGGAAAUAACU